AUGCCAACAGCACAGUUUGAAAUAGAAUGCGACUAUGCAGAAAUGGUGGUGAAAGCAGCAACAUUUGAAGACAGGGAGAAUGUGACCUAUAGCGUAGUGGAUGGCAACAAAAUAGUGCUGCAAUUCAAGGCCAAGACAGUCAAGAGCCUGAUCAAGGCGACCUAUUCCGUCUGUAACAAGAUACAGCUCUCAAUGGAAACAGUUGAAAAAUUCAAACCAAAAAAAUCUGAAUAA